ACAUUGCUCCCUCUUCCAAAUUUCCAGUUUCCUUAACCCCUGUACGCUGCUCCUUCCUCCACAAUUCUUAAAAAUUCUCAAACCCUAAUUUAUCUGGUACGGUCAUACUAAAACCCCAUGAAAACCCCAUUGACUAUCGUUCUAUUCUGUUACUCUCCUUUUUGAAGCUGUCCCUGCCCCCAAGACGCAGCUAUUUUUCUUCCGGGGGUCUCUUAAGGGAUUGCAUAGCCUCUUCCGGCAAUGGCUCUCCCUCCCCUUGAGUGUAUGUAUGUCGUUGAAAGCAAUCUUCGCGAAUGGAAGUCCGGAAACUCGAGCUUUAGGGUUCCCAACCCUGUCCCUGUGCUUCGCUUCCUUUACGAGCUUUGCUGGACCAUGGUUCGAGGUGAAUUGCCGUUCCAGAAGUGUAAAGCAGCAUUGGAUUCAGUAGAGUUCACGGGCAAAAUGUCUGCGGAGGAGUUAGGAUCGAGUUUUGCUGAUGUCAUUACCCAAUUGGCCCAAGAUAUCACAUUACCCGGAGAGUAUCGUGUUCGUCUUUUAAAAUUGGCUAAAUGGCUGGUUGAAUCUGCAUUUGUUCCAUUGAGGCUUUUUCAAGAACGGUGUGAGGAAGAAUUUUUAUGGGAGGCUGAAAUGAUAAAGAUUAAGGCGCAGGAAUUGAAAAGCAAAGAGGUCAGAGUAAAUACUCGUCUUCUUUAUCAGCAAACAAAGUUUAAUCUUCUGCGUGAAGAAAGCGAGGGCUAUGCCAAGUUGGUAACACUUCUUUGCCAUGUCACUGACGCUUCAAAUAACAAUUUGCCGGGUUCAACAAUUGGUAUUAUAAAGUCAUUGAUUGGGCAUUUUGAUUUGGACCCAAACCGUGUGUUUGACAUUGUCUUGGAGUGUUUUGAACUUCAGCCAGAAAAUAGUGUUUUUGUGGAGCUAAUUCCAAUAUUUCCCAAGUCUCAUGCUUCACAAAUCCUUGGGUUCAAAUUCCAAUAUUAUCAGCGCAUUGAAGUGAACUCGCCAGUGCCAGUUGGGCUUUAUAAACUUGCAGCUUUACUAGUGAAGGAAAAAUUUAUUGAUCUGGAUAGCAUAUAUGCACAUCUACUUCCUAAGGAGGAGGAGGCAUUUGAGCACUAUGAGUCCUUUUCUUCCAAACGACUUGAUGAGGCUAACAGAAUAGGUAAAAUAAAUCUUGCGGCAACGGGAAAAGAUCUAAUGGAUGAUGAGAAGCAAGGAGAUGUAAGCAUUGAUCUUUUUGCUGCUCUUGAUAUGGAAAGUGAGGCAGUCAAUGAAAGGUCUCCAGAGCUGGAAAAUAAUCAAACAUUGGGCUUGCUUACAGGAUUUCUUUCUGUGGGUGACUGGUAUCAUGCACAUGUACUGUUUAAUCGGCUUUUACCUCUCAAUCCAGUGGAACACCUUCCAAUCUGUAACUGUUUGUUUAGGUUCAUUGAAGAAUCGAUCUCCUCUGCGUACUCUAUUGUUCGUCAACAUUAUUAUCAGAGCUUUGGGACCUCUUCGGGAGCUAGCAUUGAUACCAGGAAUUUUCCGGUUGGUGGUUCUUUUAUAGAUCUUCCUAGGGAACUUUUUCAGAUGCUUGCAGCUGCUGGACCUUAUCUCUACCGUGAUACAAUUUUGCUGCAGAAGGUCUGUAGGGUGCUGAGAGGUUAUUAUAUGUCGGCAAUUGAGUUUGUCAACAGUGUGGAAAGUGGUUCAAAUCCUGAAUUUGUUCUGCAAGCUGGUAGCCGGGUUCCUCAUCUUCACUUGAAGGAAGCUAGAUUGAAAAUUGAGGAAGCUUUAGGAAUGUGUAUACUUCCUUCGUUACAGUUGAUACCUGCCAAUCCAGCUGUUGGUCAAGGAAUAUGGGAAGUAAUGAAUCUUCUUCCGUAUGAGGUGCGGUAUCGUUUAUAUGGUGAAUGGGAGAAAGAUGAUGAGAAGAUUCCAAUGGUUUUGGCUGCAAGGCAAACCGCAAAGUUGGACACACGGAGGAUUUUGAAGCGGUUGGCUAAGGAAAAUUUGAAGCAAUUGGGUAGGAUGGUUGCAAAACUUGCUCAUGCCAAUCCGUUGACUGUCCUUCGCACUAUAUUACACCAGAUUGAGGCAUAUAGGGAUAUGAUUACUCCUGUAGUAGAUGCAUUCAAGUAUCUGACUCAGCUUGAGUAUGACAUAUUAGAAUAUGUUGUGAUUGAACGUUUGGUGCAAGGAGGGCGUGAUAAGUUGAAGGAUGAUGGCCUUAAUCUGUCAGAUUGGCUCCAGUCAUUAGCUUCAUUUUGGGGUCACCUGUGUAAGAAGUACCCAUCUAUGGAGCUAAGGGGUUUGUUUCAGUAUCUCAUUAAUCAGUUGAAAAAAGGUCAAGGAAUUGAACUUGUUCUCCUGCAGGAACUUGUUCAACAAAUGGCCAAUGUCCAAUACACAGAAAACCUAACUGAGGAACAGUUGGAUGCUAUGGCAGGAAGUGAGACACUUCGUUAUCAAGCAACUUCUUUUGGGGUUACUCGAAAUAACAAGGCGUUGAUCAAGUCAAGCAACAGACUGCGUGACUCCUUGCUUUCUAAGGAUGAACCAAAAUUGGCAGUCCCUCUCUUGCUACUUAUUUCUCAACACCGUUCAGUGGUUGUCAUAAAUGCAAAUGCUCCUUAUAUUAAGAUGGUCAGUGAACAAUUUGAUAGAUGUCAUGGAACUCUGCUUCAAUAUGUGGAAUUUCUUAGUAGUGCAGUUACGCCUGCAUCAGCUUAUGCUCAGUUGAUUCCCUCUCUCAAUGAGCUUGCCCAGCUUUAUCACCUAGAUCCCGAGGUUGCUUUCCUGAUAUAUCGACCAAUAAUGAGGUUAUUUAAGUGUCAAGGUGGUUCAGAUAUCUUCUGGCCACUGGAUGGCAAUGAUGCAAAUGUUGCAAGCAAUAAUUCUGAUUCGGAAUCAGCAGAAUGUUCUGCAGACGUUGUUUUGGAACUUGGUUCUUCACGGAAACCUGUGAGGUGGUCAGAUCUCCUCGAUGCUGUAAAGUCUAUGUUACCUCCAAAAGCUUGGAAUAGCUUGUCUCCAGAUCUCUAUACUACAUUUUGGGGUCUCACGCUCUAUGAUCUUUAUGUUCCUCAGAGUAGAUAUGAAUCUGAAAUUGCUAAGCAGCAUUCUGCUCUUAAAGCUUUAGAAGAGCUUUCUGAUAACUCAAGUUCUGCAAUCAAUAAAAGGAAGAAAGACAAAGAAAGAAUUCAAGAAUCUCUUGAUCGCUUGUCCAAUGAACUAAAUAAGCAUGAAGAAAAUGUUGCUUCUGUACGCAGACGACUUUCUCGUGAAAAGGAUAAAUGGUUGAGCUCCUGCCCUGAUACUUUGAAAAUUAACAUGGAGUUCCUUCAGCGAUGUAUUUUUCCCCGCUGUACAUUCAGUAUGCCUGAUGCUGUCUAUUGUGCUAUGUUUGUGCACACUCUUCAUUCCCUUGGAACACCAUUUUUCAAUACAGUCAACCAUAUUGAUGUUUUGAUAUGUAAAACCUUGCAACCCAUGAUAUGCUGCUGCACGGAAUACGAAGCAGGCAGGCUUGGAAGGUUUUUAUAUGAGACACUAAAGAUAGCUUAUUAUUGGAAGAGUGAUGAAUCCAUUUAUGAACGUGAAUGUGGAAAUAUGCCUGGAUUCGCUGUCUAUUAUAGGUAUCCAAACAGUCAAAGAGUAACGUACGGCCAGUUCAUCAAGGUUCAUUGGAAGUGGAGUCAAAGAAUUACACGAUUACUCAUACAAUGCUUGGAAUCUACAGAGUACAUGGAAAUUAGAAAUGCUCUUAUAAUGUUGACAAAAAUUUCCAACGUUUUUCCCGUCACAAGAAAAAGCGGAAUCAACCUUGAGAAAAGGGUCGCUAAGAUCAAAAGUGAUGAAAGAGAAGAUCUGAAGGUGUUAGCUACUGGUGUUGCCGCAGCCUUGGCUGCUAGAAAGCCUUCAUGGGUUACAGAUGAAGAAUUUGGCAUGGGUUAUCUUGAAUUAAAGACUGCACCUUCUCUUGCAUCAAAGUCUUCAGCUAGUAAUUUAGCUGCCAGCCAAAGUAAUUCCAUUUAUUCUUCCCAAAAUGAACAUGGUGGAGGAAAGCCUACUGCCGUCCCAAGUUCAGAUUCUGGAAAUAUGGCCAAAGACCAUUCAUUGAGGUCACGAACUUCCGACGUGAGGACGGAUAAAAUAGAUGGUUUUUCUGUUCCAAAAUCUGAACUAGGGCAUGGGAAACUCAAAGGCACUUCAUUGAACGGACCAGAUUCCCAAUCACUUGUGCCCUCAACUUCUGUGCAUUCAGGAUCGUCAAGAGUUGUGGAAGGUCAAAAACCAGGUGAUGACUUAAGUAGGACUUCGAAUGAAGGCUCAUCAAAAGUUAUUUUCAAGACCUCUUCUGAAUCCGAGCAGUUGAGAGUUUCAGCAAAACGAAACGCACCUGCUGGGAUUCUUAGUAAAGCACCAAAACAAGAUACCACGAAAGAUGAGAUUAGAUCUGGAAAAGCUGCUAGCAAGAAUCAUGGGUCUUCCACAAGUGAUCGGGAUCUUCCAAUUCAUGCAACGGAUGGUGGUAGGCAUGGAAGUUCUUAUAAAACUUCUUCAGUUAUGCCAAAUGACUAUACGCAAAGUUCAUUAACUAGAGGCUUGUCCUCAUCAUUAAAAGCUUCAGAUGGUCACGCUAUUGAAUUGAAGGCAGAGAGUGGAGUAGGGAGGACUUCUGAUAGUAGGGCUUCGUCAGUAAAGGAAAAUGGUACUGAAGCUCUUGAAGUUGCAAAAUCCUCUUCUUCCAGACUUGCUCAUUCUCCCAGACAUGAUAAUUCUGCUAGUGGUUCUAGGUCUAGUGAUAAACUGCCUAAAAGAGCUAGUCCUGCUGAAGAACCAGACAGACAAGGUAAACGUCGGAAAGGAGAUGGUGAAAGUAGAGAUGUAGAUGGGGAUUUUCGUAACCCUGACAAAGAUAGAUCCAUAGACACACGAUCUGUAGAUGCUGAUAAAAUAGGAAUGGAUGAACAAAGUGGUUACAGAGGUUCAGAUAAACCUCUGGAUAGAACAAAAGAUAAGGUAAAUGAAAGAUACGAUAGGGACUACAAAGAUCGGGCAGAGCGUUCUGAGAAAUCCCGUGGAGAUGAUCCAUCAGUAGAAAAAACAAGAGACAGAUCAAUAGAAAGAUAUGGAAGAGAACGCUCGGUUGAGAAAGUGGAAAGAGUUUCUGAUAGGUAUCCUGACAAAUCUAAGGAUGAAAGAGAUAAAGAUGAUAGGAGUAAGUUACGAUAUAAUGAUACAGCUACAGAAAAGUCUCAUGUUGAUGAUCGGUUCCACAGACAGAGCUUGCCUCCUCCCCCUCCCUUGCCUCCUCACGCGGUCCCUCAAUCUGUUAAUAGUGGGAGAAGAGAAGAAGAUGCAGAUAGAAGGUUUGGAACUACUAGACACAGUCAAAGGCUUUCUCCUAGACACGAAGAGAAGGAACGGAGACAAUCAGAGGAAAAUUUAAUUUCACAGGAUGAUACAAAACGCAGAAGAGAGGAGGAAUUUCGAGAAAGAAAGAGAGAAGAGAGAGAGGUGGGGAUAUCAUUGAAGGUGGAUGAUAGGGAGAGGGAAAGGGAGAGGGACAAGGCAAACCUUUUGAAGGAGGACAUGGACGCUGCUGCUGCCUCCAAGAGGCGAAAACUUAAAAGGGAGCAUCUGUCAUUGGCAGAGGCUGGUGAGUAUUCUCCUGUUGGCGCACCGCCAUCUCUGGUUGGUGGUGGCGUGUCUCAAUCUUAUGAUGGACGAGAAAGAGGAGACAGGAAGGGUGUAAUGAUGCAACGUGCCAGUUACUUGGAUGAUCCAGGCUUGAGAAUUCAUGGUAAAGAAGUUGUCAACAAGAUGACCAGACGUGAAGCCGAUUUAAUGUACGAUCGGGAAUGGGAUGAUGAUAAAAGAAUGAGGGCGGACCAAAAGCGGAGGCACCGGAAAUAAGCUCGAUCAGCGCCUUCUAACUAGCAUACAGUUGAUCGUUCUACUCAUCAUGAAGUAAAACUGCAAACAUGAUAUCUAAGCUGCCCACAGGGAGGGGAACAUUCAUCCGAUCAUCUUGUAAAAACUGAUUCAUAAACGAGAAGGGAGACUGUUGUAGUAGAGGGGACAAACGCCCGGUCCUCCUGUAGUGACGACCAACUCAUAAUUGAACGGGAUGGGACAUUGGAGUGGAUUUCUGCUGCUGAGAACUAUUGUAACUUGUUUAAAACUCAGGUUAGGAAAAAGUUGUAUUACAUUCUUAGCCCCACACUGAGUACAUUUGUGUAAGCCAUUAGUGAGUAUGAGAGUUCUUCAAUAAGUGUGAUUAUGGGGCCUUUUCCCUACAUGUUUCCUUGUAGUUUCCCUGUUCUGUUUGCUAGAAAAUUUUCACCCCUAAUUUAGACGAGGGUGCUAUUGAAUCAAAUCUCUCGCGAGUUUCAUACUCA